CCUCGCGCCCCGGCACCGCGGCGCGCCCGGUGCGCCCCGAUCCUCCAAGCGACCCGCCAGCUGGGCUCUGACGUCGGUGAGAUGCGAAAAAGGCAACAAUCACAAAAUGAAGGAGCCCCCCCUGUGUCCCAAGCACCCGGGAACCAGAGGCCCAACAACACCUGCUGCUUCUGCUGGUGCUGCUGCUGCAGCUGCUCCUGCCUCACCGUUAGGAAUGAAGAAAGAGGAGAAAGUGCAGGAAGACCCACCCACACCACAAAGAUGGAGAGUAUCCAGGUCCUAGAAGAAUGUUUAAAUCUAGAUGACUCAGCGGUUGAAGAUGCUUGUUUGGAAAAUGCAGCUCUAGCCAGGCAUGGUGGCUCAAGUCUUGCAUCCCAUCAUGGGGGGCAGGAAUCGGAGGACGACCACGAGUUCAAAGCUACUCUGAGACUACUAGUGAGUUCCAGCCAGAACCCCACUACAGAUGAAGUCUUGUCCUGGUCUCAAAAUUUUGACAAGAUGAUGAAGACUCCUGCUGGAAGAAACCUUUUCAGAGAGUUCCUCCGAACAGAGUAUAGUGAAGAGAACCUGCUCUUCUGGCUGGCCUGUGAAGACUUAAAGAAAGAGCAGAACAAAAAAGUCAUUGAAGAAAAGGCCAGGAUGAUCUAUGAGGAUUACAUUUCUAUCCUGUCACCCAAAGAGGUCAGCCUCGAUUCUCGAGUUAGAGAGGUGAUCAACAGAAAUCUGUUGGAUCCUAAUCCUCAUAUGUACGAAGAUGCCCAGCUUCAGAUCUACACCCUCAUGCACAGAGAUUCUUUCCCAAGAUUUUUGAACUCUCAGAUUUAUAAGUCAUUUGUUGAAAGUACUGCUGGUUCUUCUUCUGAGUCUUAAUUUUCAUUUGAAAGGAGGAAAAAAAAUCAUUUUGGAGGGCUGGGCUGGGAAAUGAGAGUAGUUAAGUCACAUCGGAAAUCGAGUUCCCGGAGAGCCGCAGGUUGGCGUUGUCCUCAGGCUAUGCUGAAAAUACCACCAUUAUGGUCUUUGUCCUUCUCUUUAUCAAGGUUUUCCAUGGUUACGUUUGGAGGAAAAUAACUACGUAAAAACAGUGAAUUGCCAAAAACCAGUUUGUUUUAUUCAACAUCAUUCUACUUGCAAGCAAACUGUGUUCAUAGUGCUGUGAGCAGUAUCAUCAUGCAUCUCCAGAGACCGCAUGUGCAAAGAAAACCCGCUUCAUUUGCCACAUAGAUGUUGUACUAUUUAACCCAAUAGCAUAACUUAUAUAUCUGUAUUUAAGACUUUUGUGCAAUAUGGUCUCGUAGAAAUAAUUGCCAAAAAUUUGGCUGUGGUUUGCAGUUUUUUUAAUAUCUGAUACAAAAGGCAAUUUUUUUUUAAAAAAAAGUAACUGGUAUUUAAUCAUGCUAUAUACUAUGUUCAGUAUAUUAAUUUUGAAGCCAAUGUUUCUGUACAUGAAAAAAAAAACAUAAGAGCUACUUAUCUUUGUUGGAAAAAUCCUAAUGGGGGAUUCCUCUGGUUGUUCCAAAACUGUGGCAUUUUUGAGACAGAAGACUUUGCUGUGUUUAAAGAAGCUAACAAUAAUAAGAAAAGACAAAAAGCACAAAAAUAACUUGAAGAUAUCAUAUCUCAAUGACAAAUCAAAGAGUGAUAUUGUUUUUAAUUGUAAUAGAAGAAAAUGAAUCUAUGUAUAUAUCAGAUUUCUGAUACUGUAAUUAAUUUAUUAAAGACUGGUUAUCCAGUUCUAAAAUGGUUGUGUAAACUUAUGUACUUCAGUGAGAAAAAAAUAAUAGGCUUGAUAACUUAUUUGCGAAGAAUAAAGGAAAAGAUAUAAGAAUGGAAUGCUGGCAUGCAGCAUAGAAAAACAUCUUGAUGAAGAGCAUCUGUCAUGUGACAGAUUUUCCUUGAAUAUGAAAUCCAGUGAAACACUUAAGUUUUUAAUAAGAAAUGUUUUAUAAAGGGUUAUGAAGAAAAUAAUCUUCUAUAUCAGACCUUAACUGUCUUCAAAUAGUAUCUUAAGAAUGACUUAUUUUACAAAUGUCAAAACCAAACUAUUACUUCUCAUCCAUAAUUAAAAGGCAGUACAGUGCUCAAAUAUUUUAGCUGCCAUAUUAUUUUUUAUAGUUACCUUAAAUCCUUAUAAGAAAUACUUGCCUGACAUUGGCGUGUACUUCUAUUCUUCAAAACAAUCUCCCACUGUGCACAAAAUGUAAUAAGAACCCGUAUCAUAUUUAUAUCAAGGUCUUACAUUUGAAUAUUACUUUCCCCUGGAGACUAUUUUUCUAAUCUCAAACUGAAUGAAUAUAAUAUUGAAUAACCUGAAGUGAAAGAUUUAAAAAGAUUUAUAUCCACUGAGAAUACUGGCCUUAUAUUAAGGAUGAUAUUAAAAUUAUAGGUUUUCUUUGUCAUUUUUUAUCUACCUCUCAUUUUUUAAUUUAUUAAACAUAUUUUUAAAUAAGCAGGUUUGGGGUUUUCAUUUUAAUUUCAUUUACUUUAAAGGCACCAUAAGUUUCUUUUUUCCAUAAACCUAAAACCUUUUGAGAAUUGUUUUUUUAACUGACUAUGAUUUUCUAACUUAUAUAGAAUUCAGGAGAUAUGAUUAAAAGGGCUAUUAUCUAUUCCCUAUGCAAAUAUUUUAACUGUUGCAGUGUUUGACAAAAUGGGAUUUAAAAAAAAUUCAGAGUAUGAAACAAAAUGUUCUGUUUACACCGGCAUUGCUGACUAUCCAACCAUACUCAGCACUUUUAAAUACAUUAUUUAUGAAAAUAUAGUUAAAAUGCAAGAUAGAAAAUAUUUAUAAUAAUCAUCUUUUAACAAAUGCCUGUUUUUUUCUUGAAAGUGUUAAUGUGUUGAGACAUAUUUUAUC